AUGAAUUCAAGGGAAUCCAGAUUAAAUGAGUGGAAAAUCGCACCUAAAAAUCUGGAGAAUAACAUCCUUGAAACUUUGAAACGACAGACAAAUGAGGAACAAUAUCAAUAUCAACUGAAUGAAUUCGAAGUUGGCAAACUAAACAAAAAAACUGAGUUGGAAGUUGGCGAACGAAUCCAGCAUGAAUCAGAAAACAAGUCUUCGUUCUAUGAAAAUCGAAUUAUCCAUUUCGAUUUAAAAGGUGCUGCACCGAAAAUAGAUUAUUUGAAAAAAGUGUUCAAAUUAAUAGCUGAUGCUGGAGCGACAGGAGUUCUGAUCGAAUGGGAAGAUAUGUUUCCGUAUACAGGCAUAUUAAAAGAUAGUCGCAGCACACAGGCAUACACUUUAUCAGAAACUGAAGAAAUACUUGCCUAUGCAAAUAAUCUCCAACUUACAACAAUACCGCUUGUGCAGACAUUUGGCCACCUCGAAUGGAUUCUAAAGUCUGACAAAUUUAUGAAAUACAGAGAAAACGAAAAGUUCCCACAGGUUAUUUGCAUAGGUGAUGAGGAAGGAGUUGGCCUUGUUAAAGAAGCCAUAAAGCAAGUUAUAAAAGUGCAUGAAAAAUACGGUGUUCCAUUUUUUCACAUCGGCGCCGACGAAGCUUUUGAGUUUAAUGUUUGCAAAAAAGAUGUAGAAUGGGCAAAAAACAAUUCGCACAUAGGUAGUGGCAAGCUGGCUCCUUUCCAUAUUUCAAAAAUUGCAAAUUAUGUUAUUUCGCUCAUUCCUGGAGUAAGAGUUCUAGCCUGGUAUGAUUUGUUAAAAACAUUUAGCUUAUCCACUGUGCAAGAAUUCAAACUUGACACACUUCUCGAACCUGUUGUUUGGGAUUAUUCUGAAAGCCUCAUCCAACAAAAUGCUCGUUCAUGGACACUCCUUAGCCAUUUAUUUCCAACAGUGUGGGCUUCAUCUGCUUUCAAAGGAGCCAAUACUCCAUCCUCACAAAAUCUUGAUUUAAACCAUUAUAUGAGGAAUAACCAACAAUGGAUUUUGCACAAAAGACUUUAUGGCAGACUUUUCAAAAAGAAUUUUCAAGGGAUAAUUAUUACUGGAUGGCAGCGCUAUGAUCAUUUCGCCGUGCUUUGUGAGCUUCUUCCAGUAGGUUUGCCAUCGAUGAUCAUCAAUCUUCAGGCAAGUAAUGUCAACAUCUUCAUUCAGAGAUUUUCAGAGAUUUUCUCAAUUCAUGAUGUUGCAAUAUGUGAAUAUGACAUGGCAUGA